AUGAGGAACAUGUUUGGGAUGAAGCUAGAUUACAACACUUCGUAUAGAGCUUUGUUAUCUGCGCAAGAGUUGGUGAGAGGAACAGCAGAAGAUGGAUAUGAGAAUCUUCCUUCUUAUUUGCGUCAGAUCGAGAUAUCGAAUCCGGGAACUGUCACAUAUCUUGUGAAAGAUGGUGAAAACAGAUUUAAGUAUCUAUUCCUAUCUUUUGUAGCUUCGAUAGAUGGUUUUAACUAUCUUAGGAGGGUUAUUGUGGUGGAUGGGACUCAUCUAUGUGGAAAGUAUGAAGGAGUUAUGCUAGUUGCUGCUGCCCAAGAUGGUAAUUUUCAGAUUUUUCCAUUGGCUUUUGCGAUUGUGGAUGCGGAGAAUGAUGAGUCGUGGGAAUGGUUUUUUACCCAAUUGCGGAGAUGUGUUUCAGAUCAGUAUGCUUUGGUGAUAGUUUCUGACAGGCACGGUUCCAUUAAGAAGGCGUGUGAGAAGGUUUUCCCUUGGGCAAGGCGAGGAAUAUGCUAUUAUCAUCUACAACAGAACAUAGUCCAAAAGUUCAAGGGAAAGCACAUGUUGUACUUGGUCAAAGGCGCUGCUUAUGCACAUACACUUUUCAAUUUUAACCGCUACAUGGAUGAGAUACGGAGUAUAAACCCAAACCUUGCAACAUAUUUGGAGAAUGCUGACGUCUCUUUAUGGUCACGAGUUCACUUUCAAGUUGACAUAUACAACAUAAAGACUAGCAACAUCGCAUAA